AUGCAAUCCCCAAAUAUCCGCCCACUAACAGCACGCAACAUGAAGCUGGGUCAGCUGGACAGCCUGACGGCGAGCCAAGCGGACGCCGAUGCCAUCAUGCUGAGCCUUCGGGCCAACGCGACGAUCCUGAUCGACCUCUUCGCCUGGUACAACCUCUUGGUUUUGGAAAUCGACCCAGUUUCCAUGGAUGGGGCUGAGGAUAAGGAUGUUUCCUCGAGGAAUAAUUUGGGUUCUCCAUCUAGAGUCACAGUUACUGAGCCUGUUGCUAGUGGAAGUGAGAAAGCCCCGGCUGCCGAGCCUUGUGCUGGGGAAGUUGAGGGAAACAGAGAGGAAGAGAGUCAGAGCGUGAAGACUUCCUCCGAGAAGGUGGUUUUGGAGGUAAGUAGUGGUUCUUGUAACGGAGUAGAUAAAGAAGUUGGGGUUUCAGGGUCUGAUGUACGUCAUUCUGAUGAUGGGGAGACUUUACAGAAGAAAGUGGUGCUUGUGUUUGAUGGGCGUGAAGUAGAUUUAGAGAGAGCUGCGGAAGAUUCAGUUGAUGAUAUUCCAGUGGCGGGAAAUCAGGACCCAACUGUUCAGCCCUCGGGUGUUGCUGAGGGCUCUUCCAAUAAAGUACAAAGAGAGGAGUGUGGAGGUAAGGAUGGAGGUGUGAGUUGCAGUGAUGGCAAAGGUGAGGAUGACAAGGCUUCACCUGAUGGUGGAGCUGAUAAUAACCCUAAUACUGGGAUCGGGAUUAGUGGUGGAACCUUUUCUUCUGUAGAUAAGAGGCCCAUGGAUGGAAAUGUGGCUCAAGAAGGUCAAACCCAAGUUACUGAUGGUUCCAAUGAUGGUGAAACGUAUGUACAGGAUUCAGCAGAUGCUUCCAAUGACGGUGAAACUUGUGUACAGGGUUCAGUGGAUGGGGAUACCCAACUCAUGGAUGAUCCUGUGGAUGAGGAUGCUCAAGUAAAUGAUCCAUCCAGUUAUGGUGAAACUCAGGUUAUACAAGAUUCACUGACCCAGGAUUUCCAUGUCAUAGAGGCCAGGUAUCGGGAAACCCAAGUUCCUGAUGGCACCAAGGUCAGGGAAACUCGGGUUGCACACGUUUCAGUCAAUGGCGAUAACCAACUUGUGGGAGUUUCGAGGGAUGGGGAUUCCCAAUUGAAUAAUUUUUCUCAGGAUGCGGGAACUCAGGCUAUACAAAGUUCAGCGGAUGAAGUUGUGCAAGUCGUAGAGGAUCCCAGUAACAAAGGCAUGGAUGGUUCCAGAGAUGUGGAUGUCCAAGUCAACGAGGUCAACAGUAGCGGAGAAACUCAGGCAAUAAAUGGUUCACUGAAUGUGGAUACCGAAAUUGUAGAGGAUACUUGUACCCAAGACAUGGAUGGUUCCAGGGAUGGGGAAUCUAGGGUUAUACAAGGUUCUGUGGAUGAGAAUACCCAGUUCAUAGAGGAUCCUGAUGCCCAAGAGAUGGAUGAUUACGGGGAUGUGGAAACCGAGGUUCCUAAUGAUUCCGGUGGUGGGGAAACUCAGGUUGUGCCUGGUUCAGUAGAUGAGGAUACCCAAGUUUUAGAUGGGGAAACCCAGGUUGCAGAUGUUUCCCUGGAUGGAAAAACUCAGGUUCUCAAGGGUUCAGUGGAAGGAGAAGAACAUGUCAAAGUUGUUGAUAUGACUGAUUUUUCAAAGGACGAGGACAUGGAUGGGGGUUUAACCAAGCAAAACACAGCAGUGCCCAUCGAGGAUUUGAAUUCUCAGGAAGCCGGACCAUCAGAGAAUGACAUAAAAGAUCUAGAUAUGAGAAGUGGCUUGGAUGACACUUCCCGUGAUGAGAAUAGAUCUUUUGCUGUUACUGAGAAAGCCGAAUUGGCUGAAGAGUCUGAGGGGCAGCCUAUGCGAAUUGUUGAAAUUGAGGAAGUUCCUACUCAAGAUUCAGAGACACUUGAAAGUGCUCUUGUGUUAGAUGAAGUAUUUGAUACUGGAAAUGAAGCUGCUAUUGGAUUGGAAUCUACUGUCUUGGAAGAUUUAGGGCAGAAGAUUGAGGUUCUGGACGAGGCACUUGUAUUUAAUGUCAGCGCGGGAGGUUUAACUUCCCCUUUAGAAGCAUCAGGUAGUGAUCCUAUUGAAAAAUCCUCUACAAGUGAUGCUUUGGAGGGGAUGCCAUCCAGUUCUGCCAAUGAUACGGUUCAAAUGGUAAAAAAUGAGAUUGGGAAUGUUACCUCUGAAACUCUGGAUGAAGCGGGACAAUAUCCCGUUGAAGGGGAAAUGGCAUCAGUUGACGAUGAAGAAACUACCUGUCCUAUUGUUGAGAAUGUUACCUCUGAGACUCUGGAUGAAGGGGGACAAGAUCCCGUUGAAGGGAAAAUGGCAUCAGUUGAUGACGAAGAAAUUUCCUGUUCUAAUAUUGAAGGUAUGGAUGCUGAUGCUUUUAAUGAAAAUUUUUGCUUUUCAGUGGAAGAACUCCAAGCAUCAGGUGAGAUGGUCAACGGGAGCACUGAACAUCACUAUCAUGCAAUUGCAGAUCCACCAUCUUUCUCCCAGCCAACUGAUGUAUAUAUUGGAGGUGAAGCUACAAAUCCUUUGGAGAACAAGGUACUCUUGAGUUCUGGAAAAGAACAGUUAAUAUACCACUCUAUCUCUUUUGAUCAUUUCUGGGCUCACUCAAAUGUGGAGUCGGUCCUGAAAAAUAGGCAGCACAGUACUGAUGCUGAACAAACUCGUCUGCAGAAACAGCAGGGAAUAACCUUGGCAGACCAGCUAGUAUUCAAGGCUGAAACAGGUAAUGAUAGUGUGGCAAAUGGCAGCAGUCAUCAGUCUCCUGAUUCAGCAUCUUCUUUCCGGUCCACUCAGGCAGUUGCUGGAGAUGAUGUUGCUCAAAUGGAUCCCUUUGUCAAUUUAGAUGCAACCCUAUAUCCCGCUGGAGACAAUCAGAAUCUAAAUACUGAGGCAGCAGGAGUGGGGCUGGAAAGAUAUAAUGAAGCAGCUUCCAUCCAAUGUGAUGUGUUGCCCUCUAACGUUGAUCUUUCAGAAGCCUCUGAAAAUCUAGCAUUAACAGUUGAAGAAACAAUGAUGGAAGUUCUUGAAAAGGAUUCACAUGAGGAACAGACUGAGGGCGUUGCAAAAGCCGGUGGAGAGGAAGUUUCGACUUCAAACAGAAGAAAUACUUUGAGUUCCAACGCUGAGGUAGGGCAGUCUCCAGAUUCAGAUCAGUUAUUGAAUAUUAAAGCUGGUUCUACUAUAGUGCAAGAAGUUAUGGUUGAGACACAUGUUCUUGAUACUGAUCAGUUUUGUCAACAGGAAUUCGAAGAAAACGAGGUCGAUAUUACCGAUGAGAAAUCAUCGGAGUGGGCUAGUCUGCACAAUGGAAGCUUGGGAAGUGCACACCAAGCUUGUUAUCAGCUGCCGUUCGACCAUGAAGGUGAAUUCCAUGUAUCUGAUUUGGUUUGGGGAAAAGUUAAAAGCCAUCCUUGGUGGCCUGGGCAAAUAUUUGACCCCUCAGAUGCCUCUGAUCAAGCAUUGAAGUAUCAGAAGAAGGACAGCUUUUUGGUAGCAUAUUUUGGGGACCGUACAUUUGCAUGGAAUGAAGCACCUCUUUUGAAGCAUUUCAGAUCACAUUUCAGUCAGGGAGAGAAGCAGAGCAAUUCAGAAUCAUUCCAAAAUGCUGUUGGUUGCGCUUUAGAAGAAUUCUCAAGGCGAGUUGAACUGGGCUUGGCUUGCUCCUGUGUGCCAGAAGAAGAUGCAGACAGAAUCAGGUUUCAGCUCUUUGAUAAUUCUGGCAUCCAGCUAGAAGCCUGCAGAAGAGGUGACUUUUUGGGCAAAUCUGGAAGUGCAGAUUUGUUCGAACCUGUCAAGUUAGUUAAUUAUGUUAAAUCUCUUGCACAAUGUCCAGCUGGUGGGGCUAAUCAAUUGGAUCUCGUGAUUUUGAAGUCUCAGUUGCUCUCCUUCUAUCGAUUGAAAGGGUAUUCCCCGCUGCCUGAAUUUCAGUUUUGCGGAGACUUAUUGGAGGAUGCAGACUCUUCUGUCCACUUCAGUGGUGAGGGAUAUGAUAAUCAUGCAGGCUCUGUUAGUAAAGAUGACUCGCAAACUUUGGAGAUAUCACAGGCCCCAAGGCCAUAUUAUUACAAACGAAAAUAUAACUUGAAGGAUGGUAUCUGUUCUGGCAAAAAGGAAAAAUGGGAUUCUAUAGAGGAAGAAGUAGGAGCUACUGAUGGGAAAAUGGUUUCACCAUCUUCUGCAAAGAUACGAAAGGGCCCUAAUCAUUUUAAAGAUGAGUCAGCUCCAUCGGAAGGGGUGAAAACUAUAUCUCUUGCAAAAAUCUCAAAUACUACACCAAAUUCUGUUUCUAAGCCUUCAUUUAAGAUUGGUGAAUGCAUCCGUCGAGCUGCUAGUCAAAUGACUGGAUCUCCCUCUAUGCUGAAGUCAAACAGCCAGAAGUUUGAUGGAAGCAGUGAUGUAUAUGACAGCCCCCUGCUGCAGCAGUCUGAUGAUACUGAAAACUACAGAAUGGCGUCUCCAAUGGACACUCACUCAACUCUAGACGAGUUGCUAUUACAACUUCAAUCAGCAGCACGAAAUCCCCUGCAAAGGCUUGGUUGCUUGGAUGUCUUUGUUGGCUUCUUCUCUGAUUUCAGGAACUCUGUGGUUGUUGAUCAGCAUGAUCAACCUGGUAAGCGGAGGAAGGUGUUACAUUCUGUAGGUGAUACUGAAGCAUUUGAAUUCGUGGACAUGAAUGACACUUAUUGGACCGAUAGGGUUAUUCAAAAUGGGUCGGAAGAGCAGCCACCGCCUACUACUCGAAAGAGCAGGAAAAGAGAGAAUCUUUUUGUACCAGUCAGUCUUGAUAAUAAGCCGACUCACAGAUCAAAUGUCAGGAACAAACGAUAUAUCUCUGAUGGUAAUGAUCACAACAACGUGCCCCCAGAUAAAAAACCAAUUGGUUAUGUGGAUGAGAAGGCACCGGCAGAGCUUGUGAUGCAUUUCCCGGUUGUAGAUUCUGUACCUUCUGAGAUGAAACUGAAUAAGAUGUUCAAGUCUUUUGGACCUCUCAAAGAAUCGGAGACGGAAGUUGAUAGAGACACUAACCGUGCCAGGGUGGUUUUCAAACACUGUUCUGAUGCACAGACUGCCUAUGGCAGUGCUUCAAAGUUCAACAUUUUUGGGUCGUUGCUUGUAAAUUACCAGCUCAACUAUACCAUAUCUGUGCCAUUCAAAUCCGAGCCACUUUCUAUAACACUUGGCGAGGAAGAUGCAACUGUUUUCUUCCAGUUUUGA